GAAUGAUCUAAUAUCAUGUUAACGAAAGCUGAGUAUUGGUUUGCGUAGAUAUAAUACGAUAUAUAAAACUUGAGAAACGACGAGCAGCUUCAAUCGAGAGUAGCCAAGAUGCGUGUUGCUUUCUUAAUCGCGGCGGUUCUCACCGCGGCUGUUUUAGCCGCGGAGGAGGAAGUUUUGCCAUCCAUACAGGGGAUGCAGAGUCUCUCUAUUUCCUACGACACGCUUGACCAAUUUUUCCUGUUGAAAAAUUUCGCAGGCGUACCUGGCUUCGAUUUCCUGAGAAUGACCGAAAACGUCGUGGACGUUCUAGUGACAGCAGAAAAUCUGGAUAUGUUUAAAGAACUUCUGAAUGAUUAUGGCAUGAAUUACACGGUCACGAUUAAUGACGUCCAAGAAGAAGUCAUUGAAGAACGUAUCACGCAAGAAGUUGAGCGUAGAUUGCAAGCAAGACUGCAGGAAGAGUAUGCUUCUUCAGGAAAAUUGUCUUUUACCUUCUAUCCUAAUAACAACGAAGUGGACGACUAUCUCAACUACAUAACGAGAACUCAUGGUGACAUAGCCUCGCUAAUUACCAUAGGUAAUUCCUAUGAAGGCCGAUCGAUGAAAGUUCUAAAGCUGUCGAACGGUGGCCGAAAUAAGCCAGCUAUUUUCAUAGAUGCCGGAAUUCAUGCUAGGGAAUGGAUCGCUCCGGUGACAGCUCUUUAUAUAAUAGAUCAGAUCGUGGCUAACCACAAAGUCCUCUUGACAAACGUUGACUGGUACAUCCUGCCUGUUUUGAACCCGGAUGGUUAUGCAUUCACGCACGGCUCAUCCUCGAAUCGUUUAUGGAGAAAAACGAGGUCAAGUCGAGGAUCGAGCUGCCGUGGCGUCGAUGGAAAUCGAAAUUACGACAUGGAAUGGAUGGCAAUUGGCGCGUCGAACAAUCCAUGCAGCGAUACUUACGCCGGCCCUAAAGCAUUCUCCGAGCCGGAAACGCAGCACAUGAGAGAUUUUAUUUUAGCACGAAAAGGACAAAUUAAGGCCUACAUUUCGUUCCACUCUUACGGCCAGUACAUUUUAUAUCCAUGGGGCUUCACAUCCAAAGUGCCUGCCAACGAACCAGAACUGCGUAAUCUUGCCAGCGAUUGCGCAAAAGCAAUCGCUAAAUCUCGUCAAACGAAGUACACUUAUGGAACCUCGGCUAACCAUCUCUAUCCAGCUGCAGGAGGCAGCGAUGAUUGGGCAAUGGCCAAAGCAGACGUGAGUUUGUCAUACACUUACGAAUUACCAGGUGGAAAAUCGGGAUUCCUAUUACCACCGUCAGAGAUCAAAGCUGUUGGCGCCGAGACAUUCGAGGCUAUCAAAGUGAUUCAUCAAUACGUUACGUCGCACUAUUAAACGUGUAAUCACGUGGAUCAUCGAGCUUCUCCUGUACAAAGAUUCCCCAAUUCCAUUGUUCUCUCUUGUACAAAGAUUCGCCAUUCGACUGAUUCGUACAGUGAGAAACCAUAUACGAAUUAGCGACUGAAAUAAAUUUCUUGGAACGACGAUAAACUCUAUUUUGUGAUAAAACAAAAUUCUCUUUCAUGAAACACGUCCUUCCUACUAAGCUGAUUCAAAAGUUCGCGAACUCUUUUGAAAUUCAGAUUCGACUAACAGAGACAACUUUUAAACGAACUUGCAGGAGUUCAGAAAUUUUCACGGAUCUACAAGAUGUAUCAAGCCAAAAGUCGAGAUAAGUA